CACACAGACACUAAUCCCUGGAUCCUCUGAGUAGGACCGUGAAUACUGGGACGGUGUUGCCGGGGGGAAAAGUGGCGUCUGGGACCUGUUGGAAAUGACAGCUGGAGAAGGCGGAUACAAACACGGGGAUCGGAGUCACAGUAAACGCAGGAGAAGAUAGCGAAGAGGAGCCCCCUCGCUGCGCCGCGGAAAGGGUUUAUAGAGAUGGACUCCCUGAUGAGUGCGGUGGCGCCGCGCUCCCCAGCCCCCGCCAAGAAGCUGUCAGAGGUGGACUUCCGGUCGGGGGCCACCCUGGAGCAGCUGUCGGCACGGGUGUCGGAGCUGGUGGUGGCGGAGCAAGGGGAGUUUGGAGACCAGACCGCCUUAGAGGUUCACACAGCUAAGGACUUUAUCUUCAACAUGCUAGGCUUAGUCCAGAAAGUGGACCAGCGCCUCCCGAUCGCCAACGAGUACCUGCUGCUGUCGGGCGGGGCCCGGGAGGGAGUCCUAGACCUCAACCCUGAGGACCUGGGGGACUAUGCCAAAGGGGCCGAUUUUGACUUGGACUUCACCCUGCUGGUGCCUGCCCUGAAGCUCCAUGACCGCAACCAGCCUGUCACCCUGGACAUGAGACACUCCCCACCCUGCCACUCAUGGCUCAGCCUCCGCCUCUGCGACUCCAACAUCUUAUCCCGCUGGAGCAUCUGCUGCCAGGAAGAGAAUGGACUUCCCCCCGAGGAGGAUGAGGAGGAUGAGGGCGAAAUGGAUAAAGACUCCAUCCCCUCCCUGGGCUCUCCUCACUCUCUGGAUGGAUGCUACUUCUCUCCCACCCUGGUGACUGACUGGUUCUGGGGCGUGGUGAGCGAGGCCAUCGAGGAGCUCAGACGCAGCCCCCAGAGAGGCAUCCCCUCUCCAGACCGACUGGAGAGGAAUGGACCCCUCACCACCAUCAUCCUCCAGGCGGGCUCGAGCCGGGUGCUGUAUGAUCUGCUUCCUGUGGUGUCGUUCCGGGGCUGGCCCGCUGUGGCCCAGGGCUGGCUGACUGCCAACCACUUCUGGGAUGGUAAAAUCACAGAGGAGGAGGCCAUAUCUGGCUUCUAUCUGCUGCCGUGCUGCUCCCCGCUGGGUGGCCGGCCUGACAGGGAGUGGAGGCUGGCAUUCUCACGCAGCGAGGUUCAGUUGAAGAAGUGCAUCCCCUUCCCUAUGGCCCAGGCUUUCCAAGCAGCCAAGGCAGUACUGUCUCGAAUCCUGGCUCGUCCUCGUACAGGCCUAAGCCUCUACCACCUGCGUACCCUCCUUUUCUGGGCCUGUGACCGACUUCCUGGUGCCUACCUGUCCUGCUCCGAUUCCGACACCACUGGUCGCCUCCUCCUUGGUCUCCUGGACGACCUGGCUCAUUGCAUCCUUGGUAAAAAUUGCCCAAACUACUUCCUGCCCCAGUGCAACAUGUUGGAGCACCUGACUGACAGCCAGGCGCUGCUAGUCGCCAGGAAACUGGCGCACGUGCGCUCAGAUCCCAGUGAGCACCUCCGGGCGGCUCUGGACCAAGCCCAGCAGGCAGGCCAGCUGAAGAAGGACCUAUCAGCGAGCACCAACGGCCACGGCUCCCCCGGGCAUCACCCAACCAAUGGUAUCAUUUCGCCCUCAGAGGACAAGCUGGCGCAGCGGCUGCAGCAGCUGGUCACAGAGAACCCUGGGAAAUCCAUAUCUGUCUUCCUGAACCCUGACGAUGUCACUCGACCGCACUUCCGGAUCGAUGACAAGUUCUACUGAGGCACACGCGCUGCAGAGAAGACGUGUUAAAAACGUGUGCGUUUAGCUCGCAAACACACUCCGAGACGUCACACCAGAGGGGCCGGGCCUCAAAACGCAGGCGGCCUGAAACUGAGCACACUCCUCCUCCUCACCACCUCCCUGAGGCCGAACAAAGCCUUGCUGCUCGACUCUUUAAACCAAAAAAUAAAACAUGUCCUACUACUGACAGAUGUUGUCCAUUCGAGUGGGCAUCGCACAACAGACAUGAUGUCACCGAGCUGUUGCCACGGAGACGGCCCUCUCCUAACGAGCUGGCCUUAACAAGACUUAUCAGCUGGUGCUACAGAGACGAGGGCCGGCUUAAGACAUGUGAAUGAAAUCCUGAGAUCAACGCAGAAAGAAGACGUGCGAGCAUCCGUGUGUGUGUGUGUGUGUGUGUGUACAUUUCACAUAUUAACUUCUAAAGAUUGCUGCAUCUCUCUUCUCUUUUAUUUCAGAUGAGAUUGGCGAUGGCUGAAUUAGAAAGGAAAACCAAGGUGUGGCUGAUGUAACUGAAUGUAAUGUUGUGAGGAGUCUUUGAACAAAGAGUCUUUGCUCUUUCAACUACAGUGUAGCUGUUUCUUUGACCCCACGCCUCAAUUAAUGAGAUCCUUUUCUUUCUUUUUUUUUUGUCUUUCUCAGGUAUUUAUAGUACUAAUCAUUUUUUACUUGUAUGAUUCCAUUUUAAGGUCUUUCACUAGUUGCAAUGCCACUUACAUUUCAUUGGGUAUUUGAAUGUACCAAAGUUAUAUCAAAUGUUUGAGCAGUUUUGCAAAACGCGUCUUGCGUGAUCCUAAACCUCUUCAUUUGGAUUGAUCUUUUGAAUCAUGGCCAGAAUGUUAAUUUGCCUUCUCUUCUGCAAAAGGCCCGGUCACACCAACUCAGAUCGGUCACGUCAAGUUCAUCUUGGUGACUGAUAGACGACAUUUGAGGGGGACAGAGAAUUCGAGAGUCAUAGAGGAGCUUGUUCGUCGUCUUGCACCAUCCAGGUACAAACUGCUCCACUAAAGAUGGUUUACAGUUACGAGCCUGGAGUCGAUGGUACAAAUGUCUUAUAAACGUAUUGUCUGUCAGUGAAUGAACUAUUGAGCCUUCAAACUGGCUUAACGAUCAUGGGGCAGUUUUUUUCCCCUUUUCAGUAUUUAUAUAGAACAAAAUACUGUGUAACUGAGCGAGUAAAGCAGACCAUCACAGAGCUCUUAAGACCGCCAAACACUAGACGAAGAAUAUCAUCAGUUUCAGCCCACUUGACUACAUCCCCAAGCUUCUAGAAACACACGUCCCACACACAGCCGCAGGUUAAUAUCACGUUGCCACUGUCUGGUGCAACUGGGCCUUGGAAACAGGUCAUGACUAAAAAGAAGGAAAGAAUUGCAGACGUAACUGAAUAAAAAUGGUUAAUUGUAAGACAACAGAAUGACAUGCUCAUACUGAACAAAGAAGUACGCUGUGUAUGGAAACGAUUAAAUUAGCAGUAGUGCAUUGUCUGGAUUGAGCAGAAAGAAAAUCUGUCGAGCCACUGCUUUUUGGUCUAUUUAUCCAUCAUAGUCACAACUAAGUCGAGGUACUUUCCCCUUUAAAACAAAGCAAAGGUCCAGAAAGUCAAACGGCUUGUCUUGUCUGCUUUCUGUUGAAGAAAGUUUGUGUCUGGUUCUGACUGAUAAUUGUCCCAUAUCUCCUCUGCUUGGUUGGUCUGUUUUAAUGAGUUUUGUUUGUGUGCGUGUGUUUGUGUGCGAAAAUACGAGAGACGAACCACGCAGCAGGACGCAGACAAGACACCCAGAUGUUGCCCGUCGAAUUAUCCCCUCAGUGGGUGUGUGUUAGUCACUGGGCCCUAUCGUUUCUCAGCAGACGGAGGCUACCCAUGGGGGGAUGGAGGGAUGGAUAAAGGGAGAUGGGCGCCUCUCUGUUCUUUUUGAAAACUUUUGAAGUGGGAGAAUGAGCCUUGCGGGGCCUGGACAGCUGCCUCUCUUGGGGAUUGCUGCUGUUCCUCUCCCCCAGUUUUUUUUUUUCCUCUGCUGGUUUCUCUCAUUUCAUUUUUUUCCCUUUAUUUAUUCAAUUUUUUCCCUUCUCUCAUCCCAUCUACAUUUCUCAACAGAGGCAAUCUGUCCUGUAGUCGCCACAGAAAGCCUUAUGUUUACAAACUACUAAUGCCACUUAGCUAAUUUGAUUACAAGCUGUACUGCUAGUUAAUGAUGUAGUGGCGACAACAAGUAUAACCAGACAAGUAGUCAUUUCCUUUAUUCUUCUCACAUUAGUUUUACUUCAUGAAUUUGAGACUUAAAGUUGUCUAAAAACACUGCGAUCAAAACGUUGGGUCAAACUUGGAUGUACCGCAAAAAACACUAAAACUUAAGGUUUACAUAGAACACAAGGUGAUGUGGGUUCGUUCAGUUUAUUUCUUUCUUUAUUUUGAAGCUACCGUUGGAAGGUUUUUCCCUCAGACAUGUAUGAAUUUCUGUCUCUCACAGCUCUGAGUCUGCAAAUGUCAUGCUCUUACUACUGAAUGGAUUUUUUUAGAGCAUCUGUCUGUGCUGCUGGUGAAUACGUAUGUGUGAGAGUGCGAGUGAGUUUCGAAUCCGAGGAGAAACCAAAGUGUGACGUUGAGGGUGUGUAUCCAGCUGCCGGGUGUCAGAGGAUCGAGUGGCGUUCUCAGCACUUUUGUACAAGACGGGCCUGAUUGUUGUUCCUCAAACUGUACAACUUUAAAAAAAAAAGUCACAAGUGUUUAUUAUUGGAGACUAUAGUUGUUAAUGUGAAGGUACUUUUCGUGUUUGACUGAGAAUGUGUCAGCAGUGCGUCUCACUUCGUACCUUAAAUGGGCCUAGUUAGAGAUUACUAGACACUGGAAACAAUCAAUGUUCUUCUUGGAAUUGUACACAUGAAAUCGCUGAGGCGAGUAUCCUGCGUGGGUUUAUAGAUAUGCAAUCAGAGCCCCCUGUGGAGAGGCCUGUCACUUGCAACGCCUCCUCCAUUUGUGCUUCAGUGUGUAGAUUUACAGUAGUUGUUAAAAGAAGGCUCCAAAACAUCAGCUUUCGCCCAGUUUCUAAUUCUCACAGCUUUUCUGAUGUGCUGCAACUUCUGACGAAUUAAACUGACGAUUUAUUGACCCGCUGGGGAAAAAUACCAGACUAAAUCCAAUGAAUGUACCCACGGAGAACAGUCUCCUUAUCUCCACAGAGGAACUGGAAGUGCUAAGAUAAAAAUCUGUAACGGAAUCACUUUACACUCUCUUCUCUUUUAUGAGUCCCUUUUUGAAAAAUAAUAAUAAUUUGCUCUGUAUCACGAAUGAUUUGCUGUAUUUAUUACUGUUAUUUUCUGGGGGUUUAUAUUGAUCAAGCUUUAGCAUGAAAUA